AUGGAAAAAACAGAAAAAUCCAAAUCUUAAACAGUCGAUGAACAUGAUAAUUAAUCUCCUAAAAAUAUUAAUGUAUAAAAUUCUACAAACAAUGACUGUAUAUAAACUGAUUCUUAGAAAAAUGAAAAUAAAGAGAAUAAGCCAGAAAUAACCGAAGAAUAUUUAGAAUAAUAAAUCGAAAAGGUAAAAGAACAUAUUAGAAAAAACGAAUUCGAAUCUGCUGAGGAAAUAUUUUCUGAUUUAAUGAUUGACGCUGUAAAAUAUUACAAAAACGAAUAACAUUAUAAAAUGUCGAAAUAUUAUUAUUAUUAUGGAGAUAUGUUAUUAACAAAAUAAGACUAAGAAGAAGAUGAAAAUUAAAAUGAAAAUAAAAAUGAAAAUGAAAAUUAAAAUGAAAAUGAAAAUUAAAUAAAUUAAGAUGAGAAAAUAAUAUAAAUAGACACUAUUUUAUAUAAAGAUAACGGAGUGUAAAUUUAGGAAGAAAAAAUCAAUGGAAAUUAAGAAGAAUAAAAAGAGCAAAACCUAGUUUAAUAAAAAAUAGAUGAUUUAUAAUUAGCCUGGGAAAAUCUUGAGUUAUGUAAGAAAAUUAUUUAUAAAAAUUUAGAAGAAGUUAAAUAAAGCAGUAACUUAGAUAAAAAGGAAAAAUAAAAAGAAUUAUUAAGAUAAAUAGUUUAAGUUACAUUAAGACUAGGAGAUUUGGAAGCUUGGAGGGAUUCAUUAAAAGACUCUGUGGAAUAAUACACUGAAGCAUUAAAUAUUGCAUUUUAAAUAGAAGAUAAGGAAUAUAGUAGGUAUUUAAGUAGUAUUUAUUUUUAAUUAGGGAAUAGUUUAUUGUAUGAAAAUAAGGAGUUUUGUGAGGAAAAUUCAUUGAAAAAUUUCAUAUAGAGUGCAUAAAUAUUGGAAAAUAUAUUAAGUUCUAAAAUUGGGAUACCGCGUGUAUAGAUUAAAUGCUAUAAAGAAAUAAAAAAUGAAGAUAUUAAAAUUGAUCAUUUAAAAGUAUCUUUUUUAGACGAUGAAAUUUCGAAGGACUUAAAAGAAAGUUUGAAAAAUCUUUAUGAAAAAAUAUAGGAUACAAUUAAUUAGAAAGAAGAUAGAGUUAAAUUUUAAAAAGCUUAGGAAGAAAUGAAGGCUUAGAGUUUGAAUUAAAAUUAGUUCAAAACUACUAUUGAUCCGUAAAAUGUUUAAAUUAAAAAAUUAGGAACUUUUGGAAAUGUUAAAAAGAAUAAUGAUGACUAUAAUUAAAUAUAAUAAUAAUUAGAUAAAAAUUAAUAAUAAUUAAAUAUUAAACAAUAGUAAUUAAAUGAAACUUAAUAAUAAUUAAAUGAUAAUUAAGAAUAUUUAAAUAAUAACUAAAUUUAAGGGUAUAAAUAGAAUAUUGAAGAUUUGGAUAAUGUUGUAAAGAAAAUUAAAAAUGAUUGAUUAAUAUUUUUUAUUUUAUUAGUUUUGUUUUUUUUUUUUUUCUUUUUUUUUUAAAAAAAAAGUGCUCUAAAUAAUUUCGUAUUUUUAAGU